AUGAACGUCUUGCCUCAGGCGGUCCUCCAAAGCCCAGGGGAACAUCCCAAGUUCAUAGAGCAGUCUCUUUGCCCCCCAUUAGACUUUGCAAGGAUUCAUUUGAUCAAAGAGAAAGAUGCCAUAGAUGAUUAUUUGGCGAAGAAUAUCAAAGGAGUGUCAAAACAAGAAGCCGCUGCUUACAGGAAUUCAUACAAGAAGAACAUCUGCAUAGACAUGCUGCGCCAGGGUUAUCACAAGUCCUUCUCUGAGCUCCUCACUCUGAUCCAGAAGUGGAAUGCCUUCAGGGAGGCUGCAGGGCCUGGGUCAGCCAUAUGGCAUGAGAAGUCCCUGGAGGAGCAGCCUGAUAAGCUGGAUCAGCUUUACCACUUCCUGACCAGGGCUGAGGCAGCCCAGCGAGCAGGGCACUAUGAGAAGGUGUAUGAUAACCAGCUUAUCUUGGCCUGCUUUUUCAAUGACCCUGAGGACAAAUGGUUACGUAACUACUUUUAUGAGCAAAGCUAUAACACUGCUCAAUUAGUAGAAGUUGAUGGUGGGAAGAGAAAGGCACAAGCAUCUGUAAACAUGGGCCUCAUCAGAGAGGAACAAGGUCAUGUCAUGAAAGCUGCUGAGCAUUUUGAAGCAUUUUAUCAGCUAACAGAGGGCUCAGCCUGGAAGGACCAGACCGGCCGCACUUACACUUCACUGGCAUGUCAGCAUCUCUGGAGAAUUUAUACAUUGCUAGCAGAUAAAAUGCUAGAAAAUAACGAACACCAAGAGGCCAUCAAAACACUAUUAAAAGCUUUAAAGAUGGCAAAAGAAGGAGGUGAUACAAAGAUCCAAGGAGAAGCAGCCUAUUGCUUAAGUCUAGCAUAUCAUUUUUCUGGAGAACAUGAGACAGCAUUAGCAGUUUUGAACACCUCUGUAGGAAUCUUCAGAGCCCUUUGUGAUUCUGCUGGCCUAGGCAGAGCAUAUGCAGCUGUAGCCAAGAUCCUGGCAAGUCAGGGAAAAUCAAAUGAGGCUGUGAAGUACUUGGGAGAGUUUGUGAAGGAUGCUGAGAGAGCUAAUCUAAGGCAAAGCCUGGUGGAUGCAAAUGUCCUACUUGGAAAAGUUCACAAUGAAAGAGGAAACUACAAGGAAGCCCUGGAACAUUUCAGCCAGGCCUCCGAGGCGGCGAAAUCUUUGAACAAUUUGCCCUUGGUGGCAGAAACAGAGAGUUACUGUGGCAUCGCCAAGGCUCAUCAGCUGAUGGUGCCGUUCAACAGCCACGUAGCAGCAGCGGCGGAUCCCCUCAGCCUGCGGUGCCUGCUGGCAUGGAAGCAAAACAGAAGUGACAUGUGCACUGACCCUCUUACAGCCGGUAAGGCAGUGCUUAUGAAACACAUUAGUGCUGCAUUGUCCUCAACGCUUAAGUCAUUUUUCUUGUAGGGUUUUAUUAAAUUAUUUCCCGGGCUUAAUCCUUGUACGGAACGGAGGUUGGGCUUUGCUCUUUUGUGCGCUUGUUUUAGAGGCUGAAUUAAACAAGUUAAAAUACAGCGUAACAGGGAGAAAUGGAGUGGAUAGCAACUUAUAUUUUUUUCAGUGCUGUUUGCCAGAACAUCACAGUUACGUGUUUUAGUCAAAACAUAAUUAUUUUAAUCUUUCAAGAAGAAAAUCAUAAUCUCCAUUUGCAGUACACUUUUCAAAUGCAUCCAAAAAUAAGAUCCUUGUUACUAAAAGUGAGAAGAAAUUUCUGCUUGACAUAGUUCUGAAUCCAGAAAAGCACACUGCUUUAUUUUUGGUUUCCUUGUACUUGACAUCAGAGAGAAAAGGAAAAAAAUAAAAACAAGUCUGCUUUCUUUA